AAACGACUAGCAAACGGUUAAAAACGCCGAAAAUAACGAACGAACUUUUUGUGAAAUUUUUUGUUAAUAAAAAUAAAUAAACUCUUUUUUAAAAUGAAAUUAAUGAAAAAUACCUCAACUUAUUUGGUGAUGUUUUUAAUUUUAUUUGCUUGCUGCACCCAGGAAACGGAAGCAUUACGUCGGGUAUUGCGUGGCCGUAGAACUUUUACACGCAGUUAUUUUUCUGGUUUAGCUAUACCCGGAUGGGCACUUGUUACAGUGAUUGCUCUUAGUGAACUUUUGCUCGGUGCCAUCCUCUAUUUGGUAAUGUAUAAAUUUAUACUAACGAAAGAUGUUGAACCGACCACAAAUACAUAUGCACCAGCAGCAACAACGUCACAUGAGUCUAAGAUGAACCAAACAACCAACAACAACAACUAUGUAUAA